AUGCAAAGAACGGACAUGGAAACUGAAGGCGUUUCAAAAGAAGAGCUUUAUGAUGUUAUAUCUGGAGCCUCUUCGCAAAAUCCAGCCCAAGUCCAAGCUUCCAGCAAACGUUUAAAGGAACUUCUAGACCGAUUUGGUACUUAUGAUUUGCUGCAUGAAAUAGCUGCUGAAAAGUCCGUGCCAUUGCAUUUUAAGAACGCUGCUCUGGACCACUGGAGGUCAAGAAAACUUUUGUCAGAGGAACAUCGCAUUCGAAUCCGUGUUCGUUGCUUUACUUUCUUGGAUGAACCAGAUGACACGAUUGCAGAAUGUAACGAAGUUAUCGUAUCGGGGAUCGCACGAAAGGACUUCCCAAAGAGUUGGAGUUCUCUACUAACAGAUAUCAUGCAAAUUGUCAAUACUAACCUCCAAUUACGCUAUGCGACAACUAACGUCGAACCUCUGCCAACGCUCGUGUUACGGAGGUGUUUCCAGCUCUUGAACACGUUGAUCAAGGGGUUGUGGAACGCAAGACUACUGCAAGGGGUCCAGGUUAUGGGCAAUCUUGUUAACUAUCUCCAUGGCAUCCUUUACGAAUACUACAGUAAAAUAUCCUCGACAUUUUCCUCUUUAACCCCCUCUGCUCUCGACGAGCAACGUACUGUCGAUGAUCUUAUCCUAGGUCAUCUAGUCUAUAAGUGCCUCUUCCGCAUGGCGACUUGGAUUUGGCACCGAAAUGACAUGCCUGGAAAAAACGAGUUUUUAUCUCUGCAACCAUGGUUCCUCCAAAUGUUUCAAGGCUCUGUCAUGCAAUUACAGGCACUUACGGAACUACGCAUCAAUCUUCUUAUGACAAUCCGUUCCUCAUCUACUUCACCAGGGCCUACUGCAUCCAAAGCUAUCGAUCAGUUGACUCGACACCUUGUCACACCCAAGUUCGUUGAGCUCCCGAUGUGCGAUGAUUUGGUCUUGUAUUAUUGGAGUAAGGUGGUUCAGGCCACGGAUGCUCCUUCGGAGUUUAUCGAAGACUCGAACAAUGCUAUCUUCCCCCUGCGCUUCCUGGUUCAAGCAAUGGUCCUUUUCAAAGAAAAUCUGGCACAAUGGACACCUCAACGAAAGAAGAAGACUACGAACGAGAACACACUCUCUCAGCAAUUUGUAGAAGAUGCUGUCCGAUUACUCGUGUCCCGUUUCAUUCCUCUCAAACCUUCAGAUCUGGAGGGAUGGAUGGCUGAUCCUGAAGAGUGGGUCAACAUAGAAGAUAAAGAGAACGAGCAAUGGGAGUUUGAGUUACGUCCUUGUGGGGAACGUGUUCUCAUGACUCUAUGUUCUCAAUAUAAGGACUAUGUCAUCCCACUACUUCAGACCACUUUUUCACAAACUAUAUCACAACCAGCCGUCGAUUUACCGAGUGUUAUACAGAAGGAAGCCCUCUACUGUGCUAUCGGCCGUUGUGCUCCUCAUCUACAAGAAGUCAUUCCAUUCCAACAGUGGCUGCAGCAAAAUCUUAUUACAGAGGCUCGGGAAACAAACUCUAAUUUUCCUAUCGUAAAGCGUCGCAUAGCAUGGCUUAUUGGAAAAUGGAUCGGCGACAUGUGUUCUCCUGCCAAUGAUCCCAAUAUCUGGGAAGUCCUGGUCCACCUUCUUCGUGAUCGCGGUCCUGGGUCAGAUGCUGUAACUAUUAGCUUUGACAUCGACGUGUUUGCGCCCUUCUUGCCCGCGGCGGUAACCGAACUCGUUCAAAUAAUCGGUGAAGCAGAUACACUAGAAAGUAAACGACGUAUCGUGAGAAGUCUCAAUGCGAUAAUUGAACGUGCAGGUAUCAGAAUCAUACCUCUUUCACAAAUGAUAGCGCAGUCAAUACCACCACUUUGGACUUCCUUUGAAACCGACUGGCUAUUUAAGGCAUCUUUGCUAGAUACGGUCACAAAACUCAUUGAGUCUACCAGGGAACAGUCUGGAUCACUGAGCCCACUAUUUGUCCCGUUGAUUCGAGAAGGUCUUUCCCCUGGUUCUGUGGUUCACAUUGACGAAGAUACUCUCAUCCUGUGGGAGACUGCGCUCAGGAAUGCUACAACGAUUCACAAUUCGAAUGGUCAACCUGCUCUUAUCGACCUGUUCCCUUUGGCCACGUCAUUGCUUGCCGAGAAUCUUGACUUGCUGGGUAGAAUCAUAUGGAUAGUUGAAUCAUACCUCUUCCUAGACGCAACGUUCAUCCUGCAGAACUCCCCGCUCGAUCUGUUUAAUGCAUACGUCAGCGCUCUCACUGGGAAAGCAAUCUCGACAAAUCUCAAAGAAAUAUAUGCGUCUCUUAACUUUCUUAUGCAACUUGCCCCGCCAUCUCUCUGGGGAGCUCCCAUGCAUGUUUCGGGACUCUUUGCCCAAGUGCUAGUUACUAUCAACGACCCUGAAUCGAACACCGCGAUCAGGACAGAGUGCAUACAUCUAAUCGCACGCAUUGCAUUAACCGAUCGCCAGAUUUUCCUUCAGCUUGCAUCCGCGGCAGCCGAAUCUCAAAAAACUACGGCCUCCAAAGUUUAUGAGGGGAUCCUAGAUGAGUGGUGGGCUCGGUUCGACAAUAUGUCUGAGCCAAGGUUCCGGAAGCUAACUACACUGGGUAUUUCAUCCUUUGUAUCUACCGGUUGCCCUGAGGCCCUUGCUCGCUUGCCUACUGAAAUCUUCAACAUCUUUCUUGACGUCUUUGGCGAAAUGAAAGAGACUCUAAUGUUCGCUCAAGAACGUGGUAGUAGCCCCAUGAGUUCGCCUCUGAGUCUGCAUUGGGAUCAGGACGAAGUGCCCGCCUCUUACUGGCACGGGUCAGAAGGAACGCCGGAGUUCGAACGUCGAAAACUGCUCCAUGACAAUGAUCCAGUUCGAACAGUCCAGCUUACCUCAUUUGUUUCCGCUCGUUUGCAAGAGGCAGAAGUUGCAUGUGGGGGCUCCCAUGUGUUCAAGAGCCAAUAUCUCGACAAAGCGGAUCCCUUGGUGCUAGAGCAGAUCCAGGAAGAGCUCGCAGCAUGACGGGGUAUAAUAUCACAAAUCAUCG